AUGAGAUCCUCAAUUUUAUCUGCUGUUAUAGCACUUGCAGCCCAACAAGUUGCAGGCCAUGCCAUAUUCCAACAACUCUGGGUCAAUGGAUCAACCUGUGCGCGAGUACCUACCUCGAACUCGCCCAUAACCGAUGUAUCAGGUUCAGCUAUUCGAUGCAACUCGCGUCCUGGCGUGGCAGGCAAGUGUGCCGUGGUAGCAGGUCAGACCGUCACGGUGGAAAUGCAUCAGCAGCCCGGUGAUCGAAGUUGUGCGAACGAGGCCAUCGGUGGUGCGCAUUAUGGUCCCGUUAUGGUGUACCUGUCCAAGGUCGCGGAUGCUACCAAGGCAGAUGGCUCGGCUGGGUGGUUCAAGAUCUUUCAGGAUUCGUGGUCUGCGACGACGACUGCGAAGGUGGGAGAUGACGAUAAUUGGGGCACCAAAGAUUUGAACAAGUGCUGCGGCAGGAUGAACGUGGUGAUCCCAUCAGACAUCCCAGCAGGAGACUAUCUUCUCCGCGCUGAGGUUAUUGCGCUGCAUACUGCUAGUUCGACUGGAGGAGCUCAGUUUUACGUCACUUGCUAUCAAAUCAGCGUCACGGGAGGCGGUUCAGCUUCUCCGGCUUUGGUCCAGCUUCCAGGUGCAUACAAAGCAGGAGAUUCUGGUAUCAAAAUCAACAUCCAUGCGGCGGUCGGUACGUACGUGGUGCCGGGUCCAACGGUCUAUGCAGGUGGAACGACGAAGUCUGCUGGUGCUGCUUGUACUGGGGUUGAGACUUUGAAAGCUCUUCCUUCUGCAACUUCGCAUGCGCGACGUAGGAGUUAG